AUGAAUACAGGAAUUUUGAGCGUAUUUGAACCAAUAUACGAUUCAACAUUCAAAUUUUCUGAAUUUUUAUCUCAGCGGCACAAUGGAACCGAUGUGGUGCUGAAGAAGUACGAAACAAAAGAAACACUUUUGAGUUUCAAUUUAGUACUCUUAUAUUUGAAGUCUCAAGAUCGGGUAUUCACGUUAUUUUGUGUUAUCAGUGCAAUUUUUGCUCUGAUAGUUCUUAUUUCCAUUGUCUUCUGUAUUGGACGGUUUAUAUUUGGUAAAUUUGGUGGUCAUCGAUAUCAGGCUCAUCCGACAAAGCCAUGCCGUUUUCGAAUUUUGCUGACACUGUUCUUAAUUUUUUGGUUUAUCGACUUUGGUUUCUCUGUACUUUUUACGUACGGUACAGCCGAUUUUUAUACCUAUAAACCAGUUACUAGUCAUUAUGUAUCAUUAAAGAAUAUUACUGGGAAAGAAAUUCACGGUGCUUUCGCAGCUAAUACAUCGUCGACACUGAAACCAACGUACAACGACAAUGCUGAAGGAACAGUUUUAAAUCGUAACUCUUCAGUGCAAUUGGAUAGCAACUCAACUGAGCAAGCGGAUGAUCUUUUUGAAAUUGUACAUGAAGAAUAUGGUCAAAAAAUUGGUGGUGGGACGGACAACAACGAAGGGGUGAAAACGCUAAGCUAUCGCUUAACUUACUAUAAUCUUCACGAAGAUGUUGUCUACCAAUUAGCACUAAUCAGUCUGGUCGUUGUUUUGCCGAUUCUUCUCGUCUACUUUGUUCUCUCAAUAUUUACCAUUAUUAUCGGAUCAUUGUGCUACUAUAGGAGCUACCAUCCCAUUGAUCGUUCAGCGUUGUCGAAUCGGAUGGGUCUUUGGACGAUUCGUAUGACAGUUUUUUUGAUCGCUGUCGCUUCUUUGAUGGUUUUCUUGUCUGAUGUUACAUUGGUUUACGCACAGUUACAUUCACAGCUUUGCCCAAUGGUUCAGCAGUAUGUAAGAUUUUGA